AUGAACAAAGCAGAAAAGCUGGCUGUGCCUGCCAAAAUUCUCGACCAUGUGGAUAUUUUCAUAUUCGAUUGUGAUGGCGUGAUCUGGCGUGGAGACUCCCUCAUUCCGGGGAUCCCUCAAGUAAUCACCAACCUUCGUUCAGAGGGGAAGAAGCUCUUCUUCGUGACUAACAAUUCCACCAAGAGCAGAGCCGGGUACAAGUCCAAGUUCACUUCCCUCGGCCUGGAUGUGCAGCCCGAAGAAAUCUUCUCCUCGUCUUUCGCCGCUGCGGCCUACCUAGAACAGACCAGCUUCAAGCAGACUGGCAAGAAGGUUUACAUCAUCGGAGAGAAAGGAAUUGGCGAAGAGCUGGAUCUGGUAGGUGUCCCAUGGCUGGGAGCUGAGGCGGACAAGGACCACCAGCCCAACAUGGGCUCUGGCGGCAGGGAUGAGCUGAUGGACCGUGCCCCACGCAAGAAGGGCACCGAGGGCAUCCAGCCCGAGUUCUACGUCGAGACCAUCAACGAUUUCUACCCUGGAGGCAAGUUCACUUCCCUCGGCCUGGACGUGCAGCCCGAAGAAAUCUUUUCCUCGUCUUUCGCCGCUGCGGCCUACCUAGAACAGACCAGCUUCAAGCAGACUGGCAAAAAGGUUUACAUCAUCGGAGAGAAAGGAAUUGGCGAAGAGCUAGAUUUGAUUGGAAUUCCAUGGCUGGGUGGGGAAGCUGACAAGGAAAAGAAAGCAGACAUGGGUCCUGGCGGCAGGGUGGAGAUUGAUCACGACGUGGGCGCAGUCGUGGUUGGCUUUGAUCGCCACAUCAACUACUACAAGUUGCAGUACGCCCAGCUUUGCCUGAACGAGCUGCCGGGAUGUGAGUUCAUUGCCACAAACUUGGACCGGGUGACCCACUUGACUGAUGCGCAGGAGUGGGCUGGAAAUGGGACGAUGGUAGGAGCUGUCUCUGGCUGCACUGGCCGGGAGCCCACUUUGGUAGGCAAGCCUGCCCCACUCAUGAUUGAUUACAUUGCCAAGAAGUAUGGCAUCACAGACCGUUCCCGCAUCUGUAUGGUUGGUGACCGGUUAGAUACUUUGUCUGGCGUGACCUCUGAGGAUGAGCUGAUGGACCGUGCCCCACGCAAGAAGGGCACCGAGGGCAUCCAGCCCGAGUUCUACGUCGAGACCAUCAACGAUUUCAUGUCGGUUUCUAAGGAGGACUAA